AUGCUUGAUCUAUUAAGUUUCACAUCAUUUCUGAUUUGCCUUUGUUUGGUAUUGUACUUGGCCCAGAAUCAAAUCAGGGCCCUAAGUAAAGUCUUGUUUGCAAAAAAAGAAGUUGUAUCUGACAAGGAGAGGAAACUAUCAUCCAGCAACCCCAAGCCAUCCUCCUUGUACGGGAAUUCCAAUGGCACGAUCCCUAAGCCUACACCAUUGAUGAUCAACCCAGAUGAAGUUAAAAACUAUGAUGACAGACCAUGGAGACCAUUCCGCUGGCCAUAUCACCAAACUAUGUCCAUUUUCAAGUUGGAUAUCAACCACUGGCUAGAUAUGGACAAGUAUUAUCAACAUUAUAUUGAUGAGAAGGAAAGGAUUAGACUCAAGUACGGGGAAGAAAAUUUUGGUAUGCUACCUGAAGGCUAUGAUGCUUGUGUUGAACUAAUGGAAACGGUUGUUGAUCACAUGGUUGAAAGGUAUCCCUUAUUAUUCACCAUUCUCAAGGACGGUGAUUGGCAAACUGCUGGUAAGGUUCUCAAAAACGAGGUCACUGGUGAAGUUUUGGAUAUGACAAGACCAUUGAAGGAUGAUCCAUUAGUGUACGUGUCGAAGUUGGCAAAGGAAGAUUUCUAUGUUGUUUUAAAGAACCCUCAGGAUGGACUACACUAUAUGGUUGCAGGAGCUGUUCCCUUCCCAGGAGGUUCGUUCUUUAUCAAGGACAAGUUGGGCAAUCACAUCGACACCAUUCAUCGAGAUGUACCUUAUUAUGAAAAAAGUUUGAAAAAAUCGAUGGAGAGAUGGUUUGGUAGAAUGAGGCCGGAAGACCCAGUUGAGAGAGCUAGUUGGUAUAUCACAUGGGAUGCAAAGUUAAAAGUCAGCAACAUUUACCAAACGGAAAAGUUUUUCCCCAACAUGGAGAAGGAUCUUGAAGAGACUGAUCCGCGUCAGUUUAACGUUCGUGUUGAGAGGCAAACUUUGCGCCGGUUACCCAAAACAGGAGCCAUCAUUUUCACCAAUCAUCCAAUUUACUACUCAAUUGAAGAAAUGAAAGAUGAACCAAUGAUUCCAUCCAUUUUGAAAAAGAUCAUACAUGAGGGCCCAGAAGAUAUUUUAAAGUACAAGAAUUUCGAGAUGGUGAGAGACAAGUUGUCGCCUUAUUUGGAUGAAUUGAUCCAGAGACAAAAGGAUUUGGGUCUCAUUACUGAUGAAACACCAUUGAAAACGCAACCCAACUACCCUUUUGCCCACUGGGUCAAAGACAACAUAAAUGUUUCUGAAAAUGAAGGUUGGAAUAACCCUGGCACUGGUUAUGAUAAGAAACAUAUGAAGACUGAGGGGUUCGAUGCGUCUAAAUUGGCGGGUAAUGAAUAA